AUGGUGCUGGGUGCCCUGUCCCAAGGAUCACCCGACUCGCUCCAGCCGAGGGACCCAGACGCGCCGUCGGGUCCUGAUGUGAAAUGGACCGUCCCUCCGGAGGACGUCGAGAUACUUCAAUGGACAGAGCCCGCCUUCAAGGCCGAGGAGAAGGCAAAGUCCGGCGGCCUGAUCGAGGACGUCUUGGACAAAAUGCUGAACGUGAAGCCCAACUGGCGAUACGCAUACAAGCUGGACCGCAAGAGGCAGCCCAAGAAGAUAUCCUCGACGGUACGGUGCGGCGGGUGGCGCUCGGGCGACAUGCACCGCAUCGAGCACCUUAUCUCAGUGCUUCGCCGGCCCUCGGCUCCCCCUCGCUAUAGCCUCAACGCCGGGAAAUGCGCCCGGAUUGCGUGUGAGGAAAACGCAAGCAUCACGUGGUGCAACGAUACCAGCGAGUCGGAGAGCGUGGAAGACUGGCGAAUCGCAGACAGUGCGCAGCACCUGGUGAAUAUGUGUCGUGGUCCUGUGAGGGGUGUCUCCGGAAGGAACAUUGAGGUUGAUGGCUGGAGCACCUACAUAGGAGGCGAGAGCUGCAACUGGCUGUCUGACACCAGACCUCGUGAGCUUUGA